AUAAAAAUGUUAGCACAUACACACACUCUUUGGGUCUUGCUUGUGCUUCUUGUUCCUUUCUCUUCCCUCUGCAUAUCUUUAUCCAUACGUAUUCUUAUUUCUUUGGGAAUUAGGACACACAACAAUACACCAUGAAAAUGAAGCUUCUUCUUAUGCUUCUGAUGCUUCCUCCCAUUCUCCACCAACCCAUUUCGGUUCACGUCGCUGCCGCAGACCCUCUUGUUUCCUCCGCACAAGUUCCACUUUCCUCAGUUAUUCAGGUGGAGGAGCACCACCACCAAAAAAAACUGAAUAAGAAUGUUGUAAUAAUCCUCGUAGCCAGCACUGCACUUGGUACUGUCAUUUUGAGCUCGUUAUGCUUCUGGAUUUAUCAUAGGAAGUAUCGAACAAAAUCCACUAGGAACAAUGUUCAAACCCCGGAUGCAGAGAAGGGGCUAACAUUAGCACCAAUUUUGAGUAAAUUCAGUUCUGUCAAGCUGGUUGGUACUAUGAAGGGUUCUGUUCCAGUAAUAGAUUAUGAGCAAAUAGAGAAAACCACCAAUAAUUUUAAUGAAAGUAACAUCUUGGGCGAGGGCGGUUUCGGCCGCGUUUACAAGGCUCGAUUGGAUGAUAAAUUGGAUGUUGCUGUCAAGAAGCUACACUGCGAAAAUCAGAAUGCUGAAAGAGAAUUUGAGAAUGAGGUGGAUUUGUUAAGAAAAAUUCAGCAUCCAAACAUAGUUUCUUUACUAGGUUGUUGCAUUAAUGGCGAUACGAGGUUUAUUGUGUGUGAGUUGAUGCAAAAUGGAUCCUUGGAAGCUCAGUUACAUGGACCAUCUCAUGGUUCAGCAUUGAAUUGGCAUAUGAGGAUGAAGAUUGCUCUAGAUACAGCAAGAGGAUUAGAAUAUCUGCACGAGCACUGUUACCCUGCAGUAAUACAUAGAGACAUGAAAUCUUCUAAUAUUCUUUUAGAUGCAAAGUUCAAUGCCAAGCUUUCUGAUUUUGGCCUUGCCAUAACUGAUGGGUCCCAAAACAAGAACAUGAAGCUUUCUGGCACCUUGGGCUACGUAGCACCUGAAUAUCUUUUAGAUGGUAAAUUGACUGAUAAAAGUGAUGUCUAUGCUUUUGGGAUUGUUCUCCUGGAACUCUUAUUAGGAAGGAUGCCUGUGGAAAAACUAGCACCAUCUCAGUGCCAAUCCAUUGUCACAUGGGCCAUGCCGCAACUCACAGAUAGGUCCAAGCUCCCAAACAUUGUUGAUCCAGUGAUUAAGAAUACAAUGGAUCUCAAGCACUUAUACCAGGCUUCUGCGGUAGCAGUGCUGUGCGUGCAACCAGAGCCCAGUUACCGCCCUUUGAUAAAAGAUGUUCUGCACUCGCUUAUCCCUCUUGUUCCCAUGGAGCUUGGAGGAACACUGAGAGUUUCACAAGUGACACUACAUGGCUCUCUUGAUGAUCCACCUCUGACUCCAGUCAUUGAUUGAAGCCUAGCAAUUUGAUACACGCUAAAUGGUGAGAAUCCACUGUCAAUCCAGGACAUGAUUUGUGAUUAUGAUGCUGGCAUAUAUGGUGGCGAGAAGAGCAAUGGAUCGGGGAUAACAAAUGUAAGAGACAAUCCUACUUGAGUGACAAAGCUCUUCUUUUGAGUCUUGAGUGCAACUCUUUGUUCAGGCUCAAACUCAAAAUCACUGAUUAACUAGCUAUUAGGUAAUGUAUGUGCUCAAUGGUACUAUGUAUAGAGAUUUUCACACUUAAAAAAUAAUAACUCACUUGUAAUGUAAAAGCAUUGUUCCGGCCGUUAAAUAAUGAAUUCAGACAGCACCUCUUUAGAAAACCAAACCAGAGUGUGCUUUCUUAAGA